CUACGAUUUGCUCUCUGACUGUUGGCUGCAUGUUUAGCCAGGUAAUCACCUGCUAAGCCUCUCUAAAGGUGACAGGGCAUAGAGAAGGACAGAAAUCAUGUCUGACAGGAGUCUCUGAAAUCAUUUACGACCAAGACGGACCGAGAAGCGCUCUGCUCCUGCAGCUCAACUCCCUGUCGUUUUCCCGGCACUUAGGUUAGAGAUUCGACAAGCAUGUCCAAAGCAGCAGACAGGACCUCUUCCACAACGUCUGCCGAUUCAGCCUUAGGAGACGGCAAAGAUGGUGGCUCUAAAACUAGCACAGCCACAAACUCCCCAUCGGGUUCAGUUUCUGAGACACCAAAGAAAUCCUCAAAGAAGGCCAAGAAAAACACAGAGAGCAUGAACAAAGUCUACAACUCCAUCCUCAACAGUGUUUUUGGGGCCGACAGAGACCUCGCUCAGGCGGAAAUAGACGAGUUGCAAGAAGCCUUCAAAGAGUUCGACUACGACCAGGACGGCUAUCUGAACUACAAAGACGUGGCUGAAUGCAUGAGGACCAUGGGAUACAUGCCCACCGAGAUGGAGCUGCUGGAGAUCGUACAACAGAUCAAGAUGAGAAUGGGCGGGUUAAUGGACUUUGAAGAUUUUACCGAAUUGAUGGGACCGAGGAUGAUGGGAGAAACCACAAACAUGCUGGGACUCAAGGAACUCCAGUCAGCGUUUUUACAGUUUGACUUGGAUGGAGAUGGAAAGAUAAACCAGGACGAGAUGAAAGAAGCUCUGAAAAGUCUUCUGGGGGAGAAGCUGAAGAAGGGAGAGCUGGAGGAGAUCCUGAAGGAGCUGGACGUUAAUGCAGACGGAAGCAUCGACUUUGAAGAGUUUGUGAUGAUGCUUUCUAUUCACUGAAAUCGCAAAGCAACAUCUACAUGGGCUUAUGACAAGCACUUAACAGACGGACAAAAUUUUAUUAAAUAAAUCAAUAUUUCGUAAAUCUUGCUUCAAUGAAGACAAAUACAUCUGUUUUCAAACACGAUUUUGUUUGUAACGUGGAUGUAGACUUUUAGUGUUCAACUAUGGAGCUGUAAAAAAAAACCCAACCUAUUAACUAAUUCGACUUGCAUUGUACUGAAAGCUGAACAUGCUGAAUGGUAUUUCAGUAAGUUACUGAGUUUGUUGCUUUGUCAUAUUAUGUAAAUAAAACAUUAUAAUCCCUUUUUUGUUAUUUUAAUAAAUAAAUUCAAGCCUGUGAUUCUGUGGAGUCUGUGAUUUCUUCAUUACAACAAAGAUUAUAUCAGCCUCACAAUCUCACUUUAUUCAGAAAACAAAUUUUUUUUAACCAUGUGAAAUUAUUACAUUCGCAUCAGCAUCUAAAUAAUAUAAGUUAAAUAUAAAUGAUCCACUAAUAAACCAGGUCUAAUCUGCACUCUUUAAAACCAGAGAUCAAAUAAAAGGCGGCCUGUCGGAAUCACAUUUGAGUUCAGGUUCAAGAGCAUUAACAUAUCAGAAGGUCAGCACUACUAGUGACCGACUCUGAGCCAUACUUUAAGUUUUAAGAUAUGCUCACACACUUCAGCAGAGUGUGAACACAUGUAAAGCCCACUCCCUCACAAAACAAAACAAAAAAGGUGGAGUUUUUGCAUAUAGAGAAGCCUUAGUAGCAUCCAUCCUAACGACAGGAAGUGGGUUUAAACACACGAUUUCACCCAUAAAUUAAGAGUUUUGUUCUUCAGAUAUAUGUUUUGAAACUAUGUUUCUGUAGUUCACAGCUUGUAAAAAUCUAACAUAAAAGCAUUGAUUAGGCUUCAAUUUAAUCUUUCUAAAUAUGAACUAAAUUGUAUUACAACCAAUAAUAAAAACAAUAUAUCUAAUUAAACAUCUACUCUUGGAGGAUAUUCAAGUUUGUAACUUUGUGCAAACAAACCCCCCAAAAAAGUCACAAAACUCCCAUGUUUGGACUGAACAUUUGAACUUUGCAAAAAAUAAAAACUAAAUUAAAAUCAAUAACUGCAAAUGACAGUCAUUAUUGUCAUGUCUAAUUUUGAGAUCAUAAACAGUAAUAUCAAUUAUGAAUGCAGACUGUAAUUUGAAUAAAACACUAUUUUAUUGUAACUAUUUUUAAAUUCAGAUUUCAUUCUUUCUUUCUUUCUUUGUCUAUAAAAGGAUCUUAUUUAAUUCCACAAAUAUGGAAAUAUCAGCUGUUGAAUAAUUGCAUCAGAUUUUUUUCAUUUACAAAGCAGGAUGACCAGGGUCUUCCAAGAGUAAUGUUUUCAUAUUUGUCAUCCUGAAACAUACAGUCCAGGUUUGUCUUCAUAUUUUAAACAUUUACUGCUAAAUAUAUGAUUUAGAAGAUCUUUCUUCUUGGCUUAAUUUUUUCUUUUAUUUCAUCCGCCUCUUCAGGGAAUGUUCACUCUGACUUUUGUAAACUUUGUGACUCUGAGAAACACCACCAAUAAGCAGGCUUCGUAAACAAAUACACCUACAGCCCUGUUAAAAAAAAA